AUGUUUAGUUUACAAGCAGCCGCAUUUAAUAAGGCAGCAGAGCAGGUCACCAGUCAUGGACGGUCCCUACUGCGUGAGCUGGACGCGUCAACCACAAAGCUAUACUACCAAUUCAAUUGUCCGUCGGUGCCUACAUUGGGUUCGCUGGCGGCGGGGGGAAUAUUGGAGGGGAUGGCGACCGGGGUGGCGGUGGUGAAGGCAGCGGCGGCGAACGCGGGGGAGGCCGGGGAGGCGGCAGCGGUGAAGGCAGCGGCAGCGAAGGUGGUGGAGACCGGGGCGGUGGCGGUGAAGGCAGCGGCGGCGAAGGUGGUGGAGACCAGGGAGGCGGCAGCAGUGAAGGUGGUGGAGACCGGGGUGGUUGCAGUGAAGGCGGCGGCAGCAAAAGUGGUGGAGACCGGGGUGGUGGCGAUGAAGGCAGCGGCGGCGAAGGUGGUGGAGACCGGGGAGGCGGCGGAGGCGAAGGCAGUGGAGGCCGGGGCGGCGGCAGUGAAGGCGGCGGCGGCGAAGGCGGUGGAGAUCGGGGCGGCAGCGGCGGUGAAGGCGGUGGAGACCGGGGCGGCGGCGGUGGUGAAGGGGGUGGAGACCCGACGCAUGUUCCACACGUCUUGCGGCACCAGUAGCAAGGAGCAGCAAACACAAGAGAGCCCAAGUAAGGAAAACCAGUGCGGCAGACCGCAAGUCGGAAUGCCCGUGCGGGCAAAUGGUAACGCAAGCUGGGUGAAGUUCGGUGCGGACUGUGAUGUUUAUCCCCGAAGCGCCAGCGGCCUCAGCAAUCCGCCCCACAGCCGCGAGCUUCAUCGCGGCACACCGCAAGUCUCCCGAGGCCCCGAGCAUUGGCUAAAGUAAAUGUACAAACGAGCAGCUUGCGAAUUUCAUAGCGAAAUGAAAGGAAAUAUGUCGGUCUACUGGUGGCAAGUCGGAAUGCCCGUGCGGGCAAAUGGUAACACAAGCUGGGUGUUC